AUGGGGAAGACAUUCGCCAAAGUUCAUGCCUCAAUGACAGGCAAGUUUGAAGGGGAAAUUGGUGAGAAAAUCCCCCAAUGGAUUCGAGCAAAUGGGGGGGACUUCAGUCGGGACAUCAAUCCUCGAGUGACUCAUUUAAUCACGACGGAAGAGGCCUUUAGGGAAAAUGUUGAACCAGUGGACAAUGCGAACAAGAUCGGUAUCAAAAUUGUCACUUAUGACUGGCUUGAUGACUCGCUUCUAUCUUUGACUCGUCGGCCCAAGGGCGAAGGACCUUACCUGUUGAAGAACCUUGUCAAGGCAGCGGACAAAAAGGCAAAGACAUCCAAGGCACCCAAGGCACUUAACAAGAUCAUCAAGCCCCAGCCUAAGCCAAAGGCUCCAAAGCGCCGUACCGUUGACCCAUUCAUCAAAACGAAAGGCAAAAAGAAAGCAACCCGUCAAGAAUACUUUGACAGUUUCACCGGGACCCUCUACAGCACCACCAUGUUCCGCAGAGCAAAGCCACCAGCCACGGCGAGAGAAAAGUGUCAACUGACAGUCUACGAAUCCCUCUCUGAGCCACACAUGUACUCGACAUACAUCAAAUUCAGCCGCACUGGGAAAUCCACCGUCGAGCUCCUGGCCCCACCGGGAAUUAGCGUCCAGUUCGCCAUCGAAAUCUUCAAAAUUCACUUCAACAUCCACAGUGGCAAGAAAUGGGAAGACCGGGGAGAUGGAAAAAGCCCACCACCAAAGAAAGAUGCUGAAGGGAAUAUUGUGCCGUUCUAUGAUGGUUGGUUUUAUCCCGAGGAACAAAGAACUAUCCUUGGCAGCUUCAUGAUGAGAGAGCAGAACAACAAUCAUGCAGCGAAUGAUGAGGGUGGAAACAGCAAUACCUCUCCUGAGCAGGGAGGGGAGGAUGUCUCGAUGUGA